UCAAGACUACUAAAACAAUUUAGUCGUAACGUCGGCGGAAUUUCCCACUCUCGUGUCUAGGUUUUCAAAUCGCGGAUCAGAACUCAUCGUCGUCGCUGAUUAUAGUUACAGCUACGUUUACUUUUCUCGUCUUCUUUAUCUUAGAUGCUUUAAUUUCAUAUCUAAGCGAAGACAAAAUGGCCACUACACCUUCAACUAGAGAAGAAAUAUCAUCUGCACAAGCAGUCUUACUUGGAGCUCUAGCCCCUGGUGUUAACGGUCCUACAUGGAACACUCUAAAAACAGCUUUUUUGAUGCUGGGUUUUUGUCUCGCUGUGAUGCUGGGCUUGGCAUUAUCUUCCAGUGAUUCUUACGUGGUACUUCAUGUUGUAUUUUUGGUUCUUAUCGCAGCGACUCUGUUUUUGCUUCUUAGCUGGUUUCUUGCACAAACUGGUUUGGUUUCGGUUGAACACCAAUUGCGUGAGAUGGACUUGGCAUUAAAUGAUGGAUCAGAGAUGAUUAGAAAAGAGAAAUGAUUAUUCUUUUAAUAUGACAAGGCGAAUACAUCAUCAAGUUGGAAAUAAAUAACAUUUAAGAGGACACCUCUCAAUUUGAAAGGAAGAACAAGGAAAAUCUUUAAUGUGGCCUUUAGCCAGAGAUGGAAGCUACAGUCAAGGAAGCUGUGAGAGGGUUGGAGCAGUUCUUCCAUUGUUCCAUAAAAAAUUAUACUGGCACGACAACUUGGACAUCUGUCAAUUAGACUUGUGAUCCUUCUCCUUGUCUUUGCUCUUCUUACCUUUAAUGAAGCAGAAGCAGGAACAGCAGGGUAACUGAAAGAAGAACUUCAUAUCUUCCGUGUUCUGGUGACCUCAGUUGUUUGGAGAACAUUAUCUAUAUAGAGUUGCAGCUGUGAUUUUUUUAUUUUAUUUUAUAUUUUAUUUUUAUUCUUCUAUCUCCUUGGAUGCUAUUCCCCACCUUUACGGAAGAGAAGAUGCCUAGCCUAGCUUCUCCAUUUCCAUAAAUAUGGUGAUUGGGGUGCCUGAUGCUUCUGUAAGUGGGUCAUCUGGAUAUUUACAUAUAUUUUUUUCCUAUUAAGCCACGGGAGAAAUAUUCCUUUUCCA